AUGCGUUCAUUUUGUGCCUCAGGAGGCCGAAUAAUUAAACGACAGCCAUUGGUUACUGUUGUUCAUCGUCAGCAUCGUAAUUUCAAAGCUGCCGUUGUCGGAGGUGGCAUCACAGGUCUUACAGCAGCAUGGAAACUAACACACGACCCCCGAUGCUCUGAAAUCACAGUAUAUGAGAAGUCUCCUCAUCUUGGAGGUUGGAUGAACUCUGAAGUAAUCCCUGUUGAUGAUGGACAUGUCGUAUUUGAAUAUGGCCCGCGUACGCUGAGAAGCGCCGCUUCAGCAGUACCCACGUUGUGGAUGGCAUUACAACUGGGUCUUGAGAAUGAUCUGAUUUGGAGUCCCAAAAUAAGUGAUGCAGCGCUCAAUCGCUUUCUUUACUACCCUGAUCGUCUCGUUCGAGUGCCAACCCCUCAAAGGGGCGUAUCACGCAUUGGAAACUUAACAAAUGCACUGAACACCCUAUGGAAAGAGCCUGUUUUUGAGACUCUACUACCAGCUAUUAUCCUUGAAAGUUUCAAGCCGGCAAGACAUCCCGAUCUAUGGUCAAAAGAUGAGUCUGUCGCGGAAUUUAUCUCACGCCGCUUCACUCCAGAAGUAGCGGAGAACCUGGUAUCGGCUUUUAUGCACGGUAUUUAUGCAGGUGAUAUCGACAAAUUGAGUGCCCAGGCUUUACUGGGUCCAUUGCGAAAUAUGGAUGAUACCGGUAUCAUAUCUGGCACCCUCAACGAUGUGAUGACGCGUAAACAGAAAGGCGUCAUGGAUCAUGCUCUUUUGAACUAUUGCUUGCAAGAUUCGAGAAUACCACCGCCACGAAAACUUAGCAAGCAUCAAGUUGAUUAUCUCAAUCGCCUGAUAAAACUGGCAACUACUUUCACUUUCAAGCGAGGAACGCAGCAUCUUGUGGAUGGACUGGCUGAUGCCUUACGAAAGUCCCCUAAAGUUAAAGUAUUGACAAACUCCGAAGUUAAGAACAUGAGUCGAUUGUCAUCAUCAGAUGGUAUAUAUGUCACUUCUCAUGAUGGCAACCGCGGUACAUACGACCGGGUCAUUGCUUCAUUCCCAACGCCUGCGUUGGCUAAAGCUCUCGGUUCAACAAACCACCCAGGCCAAACUUUGCCCCAUAAGACAAUAUCAAAGCUUAAGCAACAUGAUUAUGCUGUCACCGUCAUGGUUGUCAACCUCUAUUACCCCAACCUCAAGAAGGAAGAUUUCAAGGGCUUCGGCUAUUUGAUCCCAAGAUCAGUUCCCGUUGAGCAAAACCCCGAGUGCGGGCUAGGAGUUCUUUUUUCAUCCGCGUCAAGUUCCGGCUUACCAUUUUCACCCGAUGACCCGUUCAACCCCACAGAACUCUACCAAGACACCGCAAAGGGAGUCAAGCUCACAGUGAUGUUUGGCGGACACUAUUGGGACGAUUGGAAACAGUCCGACUACCCAGAUCAUGAUACUUCGGUGAAAAUGGCACGAGAUCUCCUUAAGCGACACAUUGGAAUCACAGAUGCCCCGACGGUUACGCGGGCUAAUUUGCAGCAGAACGCUAUCCCUCAAUAUACUGUGGGUCACGUUGAUAGAAUGUACGAUUUAUCUAAGACUGUCCAGGAGGAAUUCAACAAACGACUUGUUCUCGCCGGCAAUUGGUAUUCGGGAGUUAGUGUGAAUGACUGUGUGAGACAAGGGUUAUUCGCUGCGACUUAUGGUGUUGGUAGGCGCACGCUUGAUCAGGAUCCUCAUUUGAGUGGUGCGUGGAGAGACUAUAACUUCUGGGACUGGGAUUUGGAGGGUGGAAUCCCUACUGCGCCGAUUGCUUUCUACGGGUCGUGA